AUGUCCGCCUCUAGACAGCUCGGCAGACUCGCCUCGCAGCGAGCUACCACCUUCGCUCGCCCUGCCUACCGCCGCACUCACAAUGUUCGAUUCCAAUCGACUUCGACUGGCUCCAGUGGCAGCUCCAUGUCGCAUGCCAUCUCUGGUCUUGCUGGUGGUGCUGUGACGGCCGCCGCUCUCUACGGCUUCUACUCAUACUCCUCGGUCGGCAAGGCUGCCGGUGCCGUCUCCAAGACCAUUACCAAUGCCAACCAGACCUUCGAGACGGCAGCGAAGCAGCUUCAGCAGGGCGCUGUCCCUGAUGCCGACAAGGCUGUUGAUGCUGUCAAGGAGUUUGUCAUGUCAUACGCUAGCUGGAUCCCCGGUGGCAAGGCCUACGUCGACAAGAUCUUUGAGGACCUCAAGGCCGUGCAGAACAAGCACAAAGGCGAAGUCAACGACCUCGUCAAAAACCUCUAUAAGAAGAUGCAGGACAUCUCAAAGGGCGGAUUGACUGUGGAGAGCGCCUCCAAGGCUGCUGACGCCCUUAGCGAGUUCGGCGAGGGCAUUGCCACUCUUUCGACCCACGCUGCUGGAGAUAUUCUUGAGCAGGUCCCUGAGGUGAAGAAGCACCUUGGUGGCGUUGUGGACCAGCUUCAGUCGCUGAGCAAGGAGCACGGUGCGGAUGUUGAGAAGCAGGUCACGGAGGUCUGGGGCAAGGUCAAGGAUAUCUUUGCUGGAGGCUUUUCCGCAGAGAACAUUGCCAAGGCUAAGAAGCUCGCGGAAGACAAGCUUGCUGAGCUGCAGAAGCUUGGUGACGAGACGUGGAAGAAGGCCCUCAAGGAGGCCGAGCCAUACCUUGAGAAGAACCCCAAGGUCAAGGAGCUUAUUGAGAAGAACGCCGAUGUGCUGAAGAACGGAAAUGCCAGGGAGCUCUUUGAGAAGGCUAAGAAGGCUGUCGACUCUAAGAACCUUGACGACCUUCAAAAGUAUGUUGAGGGAGCUGCUGCCAAGGCUAGCAAGGCUGCCUCGGACUGGAACGUUGGCUUCCUCCAGCAGAUCCCGCAUAUGAGCGAGAUCCUGCCCAAGCUUAAGGAGCUUUCGGAAUUGGCUGAGAAGCGCAAGGGCGAGGGCGAGAAGCUGCUCAAGGAGACGUUUGAGGAGCUGAAGCAGGUUAUUGAGAAGAGGGCUGAGAGUGCAAAGAAGCUCGCUGGCGAGGUUGAGAAGGAUGUUAAUGACGCCAAGAAGUCCAAGUAG